AAAAUGCGUCACAGCAACAAGCAUGUGAGAACGUGCGUCGCGCAUGUUUUGUUUUCAAUCGUCCUUGCUGCGUAUGUGUUCAAUUUUCAUCCUGCAGUAAAAGCAACCGUUUUGGUAUUUUUGUGCUUUUGAUAAUUCGGUAAACAAACGUGCAGAUACUUCAAUCGGUUGUGUAUCAGAGGGAAUUUCGGCGAACAAUGUCUGAAGAAGAUUGCCCUCCUCCACUGUGUGAAAUGGAAACGGGGGGUGAUUCCAACGGAGAGGACGAAGAAACGGACGAAUGGGAGGUUGCGGAAGAACAAAACGACCCGGUGCGGUGUUUGUUCUGCGAACAGAUCUCUCCCACUAUGACAACCGCGAUUCGGCACGCUAAGGAACGACACGGGUUCGAUUUGGGCGAGGUGCGGCGAAGGUUUCAUUUGGAUGAGUACUCGUACAUCAAGAUGAUUAACUAUAUUCGGCUGGAGAUGCCCGAUCCGGCUGUGUUCAAGGAAGAGACAAAUGUGUUCUGGUCAGAUGAUAAGUAUUUGAAACCGAUUGCAAACGAAACCUGGUUGAUGUUCGAUUUGGACGAGUUGGAUGAGAUUCUGUUGAAUGGUAAUGGAAGCUCCCGUUGCAAAGAUAAUGGGAACGAAAUUGGUGACACGAUUACACUGACAACGGAUCAGUAUCGAAAGCUGCAGGGAAUCAUUAAUGAACUGACCGCACAGCUGCGAGAGAAAGAAGACUUGUUGCAGCAUGCGGCGAAUGAUAUCGAGAAAAUGAAACUCAGUUUUCGUAACUUGUAUGAACAGCAAAGUGUGAGGAAUGUUGCGAGCCGUAAGAAGGGCCCCGAGGAGAAAAUUGCGCAAAUAAGAGAGGACUUGAAGCAUUGUGUUAGCAAUGUGGCCGUGGAAGAUGACCAGAGUUAUUUCAAUACGUACUCUCAUUUUGGGAUUCAUCAUGAUAUGCUCAGCGAUUAUGUUCGAACUGCUAGCUACAGAGAUGCCAUUCUAGACAACGCAGAUAUUUUUAAGGAUAAAAUAGUGAUGGACUUAGGAUGUGGGACUGCGAUUCUAUCUAUGUUUGCAGCUAAGGCAGGGGCACAAGAGGUGAUUUCCAUUGACCAAUCAGAUAUAAUUUAUCAAGCGAUGGAUAUUGUACGACGGAACGAGAUUGAAAACAUCAAAUUUGUUAAGGGUCGCUUAGAGGACACCGAACUGCCUGCCGAAAAGGUUGACAUUAUCGUCUCCGAAUGGAUGGGCUAUUUUCUUCUGUUCGAAGGAAUGAUGGACAGUGUAAUAUAUGCGCGAAAGCAGUAUUUGAAGGAGGGUGGCUUCAUUCUGCCGAACAGAUGUAACAUCAGCCUAGUAGGUUAUGGUGACGUUGAGCGUCACGAUGAAUUCAUUGGUUUCUGGAAAAAUGUGUAUGGAUUCGACAUGUCAUGCAUGAAGAAGGAAGUCCUACGGGAGGCUACAGUGGAGGUGUGCAAGCCAGAGCACAUCAUCACGAAUGCGAAUAUAAUCGCUAAUUUCGACCUCAUGGAGGUGGACGUCAAUUGUCCAAAUUUUAGUUACGAUUUCGAAUUGACAGCGAAGCGGACCUGCAAGCUUACAGCUCUGGUUGGAUACUUUGACACAUUCUUUGAACUGCCGGUACACGUAGAGUUCUCUACUUCUCCCUACACAAAACCAACUCACUGGAAGCAAACCAUUUUCUACGUCGAAGAACCAAUUCCGGUGAAGGAGGGGCAAGUGAUCACAGGUAAGUUCAUCUGCAGGCGGGAUCCAAAGGAUGCUCGUUCGCUGUUUAUCACAAUUGAGUAUCUUGAUCAUGUGUUCAAAUACACCCUUAAUUAGCAGAUAGGAAUUCUUAUUUUGUUUAAAUGAAGUUAAAAAAAAAACUAAGUGAAAAAUCUAUCGAUCGAUUGAACCAACUCUCAGCUUUAAAAUGACAACGUUACAGGAGCUUGUCUCAGUAGGAGUUUCAAUAUGUUUAUAAGUAAAAAGUAUUCACCAAACACGGUGGUUGUGUAAUAAACAAAAAUAAUAACAAAAAAAAAAGCGAAUGGGAGCUGAAUAAUCCAGUUGUCCUUUUUGGAGGAAAUUGGUUCUACAAAAUGUAAAACUAUUGCUUUAAUUUAACACUAGAAUGUCAGAUCACACUCUCUCUUCCAUAUUUUUACAGUAACCGUGCAAAUGCUUGCACUCAAUCGGAAACACUAGAGACAAUCAGUUAUGCUGUAGUUCGAUUAAAGUAUUUUCCAAAUAACAAAAAAAAACUAACAUGCCUCAGAGGUAGCAAACAUUUCGGUUUUUUUGAAUCACUAUUAUAAAAUGUUGGUUGCUUUUUGCACCCGGAUAGAAGCAAAAGAAACAAAAUAAAAUGGUAGAGAAAGCUUUUUUACAUAUGUAGAAUCAAAUUAGUAGCGAUAGCUUGUCGAGAGCUUCACACUUUCAACGGGGUCUAAUUUUUGUACACAAAGUUUUUUGAUCCUCGAAGGGAAUAUUUUUGAUAGAAACAUCCAUUUUUGAUCGUUGGUCCCAGGAAAUAAAUUAAUCAAUUCUUGUAACAUCUGGUGAAUACACAGAAGUAUAUGCUCCAGCCGUGAACUGCAAGUUAAGAAAACAAUACAAUAAAGAAUGACGAAGGCUUUGAAAUAAGAUUUACAUAUCGUAAUUACUUCACUGAUAAAUUGAUAAAGUUCAUAGGCUAUACUUGUUUGGAGGCAAACCAAGGUUGUUAUAUUCUUAGGUAUCUAAUCUAAUCGAUUUCCCCAUAAAACUACUAAAGAUGUACAGUGUGGAAACGUGAAGGCGGAGAUUACCUCGAAGAAUGAAUGGUUAAUAGAUGGAAAUGUGAGGCAUUUCAUGUGUACCAUACCGUGAGCUGUGGGGUGAAGUUAUAACUAUUAUAUGACGAACAGAAAGGACGUUUAUUCUACAGCAAUAAUCUCUAUCCGGCAUCGUCCAAAUGUAGCCAGUGGAAGAGAAAUUGCUUUCCGACGGGAACAAGUGAGACGUCUCUAACGUUUCCUUGGCGACUUUCGUAACAUACGGACAAGCGUUGUCGUGCAGAAAUAUCAUUUUGCUAUGUCUCAGAACAUUUGCAACAAUUGCUAGAGUGUUAACGUUCCGCGGUAAUGAUUUCGAUAGGUUGGAGUUCAUAGUAAAUUCAAUUCGAAGUGGUCCGUUGUCCGACUCGACCGUUGAAAGGGAGACAUGACCGGACGCACAUCGCGGUUUUUUGCGCCUUAAGUUGUAUUGGGGGAUGAACUUUCCAACUUUCAUCACGAUUCAACAUAACUCUUCCUAUUCUCCUUUUGGGGCAGUUGUUGGACGCUGCGAAAAGCAGCGUUCAAAGUCUUUUGGCUUGAGUGAAUACUGAGCUCAAUUUCUAGACUUUGUACAAUACCAGUGUUUGGGAAUCUGUCAAUAUCCACUGUAUCAUGCUACACUUUUGAUGACUGUAUACAACUUUGAACCGCACGCAUUAUAUUGUAUUGUUCCCAGUUCUGGUGGUUGUGAUUUGUUAAUUCAUAGGUCUUCAUACGUCCAUUAGUACAUGGAUUCAUGAAAUCUGGGAAGUCUUGGACAUGAGGAUUGAUGAAACAUUGUUUCAGAUCGUCGAACGAUUUUUUACCUUUUUCACUCCAUUCAAAUUUUACGUCUUUGCUUGUCAGUUUGUUCAGGGAUUCAUAUAGUUUUGCGAUGUCUUUUAUAUGUUUGCGAUAAUAAUUCGCAAAAGCUACUAAUCUUUCGAUUUCAUCUGUCUUAGAAGGCAUCAGAAGGUCAGUUAUUCACUGCUUCUAUUUACGCAUGAUCUGGCCUGAUACCUACCGCAGAGAUAUAAUGCCCUAUAUACAGUAAUUCUUCUUUCAAAAAAUUGCAUUUUGUUUGGAUUCAGUCUCAGAUUUACAUCUCUUUAUCUUGGGAAAACUGAGAUUAGAUUUUGGUCAUGUUCUUGGAGUGUUUUACCCAAAAUAAUGAUGUCAUCUAGAUACCACAUAGGCUGAAAAGCCCUGGAGUUGUUAAUGGAAACAAUAGUUUUUUGGGCAAAACUGUAUUUAUUCCGCAACAUAGUGUCCUUCGAGGACAAUACACUUUUUUCCCAAAAUAUAUAUUUUUAUUGAGGCUCAUAUGGCGUUAGCUUCACGGGGCCGGGAGUUCAAUAUUUCGACAAUUUUUGCCUUAUGACUAUGUUAGUAAUAUGUAACCGAUUACUCGCGGUUGUCUCGAGGUUAGUAUUACAUCGUAUUGUCUUAUUUGGAACGUUGCAACCUCCAAUGCUCUGUAUGUGUGGCCGACACGAGAUACUACCUAUUGAGGGGCCAAUGAACCGGAUACACGACUAGACAACAUGCUCGAUGUCGAGGUAACCAUCGCCACAAUCACAAAGAUUGUUUGCUGCGAGCCCAAUGCGAUAAAGAUGCGCGUUUAGGUUGUAGUGAUUGGACAUAAGCCGAGAUAUCACGCGAAUGAAAUCACGACCUACAUUCAAUCCCUUGAACCAUGCAUUCGUUGAGACCUUAGGGAUAAUCGUGUGUAACCAACGACAAAACUCAUCUUCACUCCAAAUGCGCUGCCAACUAACGAGUGUGUGCUAACGAGGAAUGUGAAAAAAAUCAUUAUAAACAAUUUACCAUUCAAAAAGUGUGCCUUCUGAAGCGCCCACCUUAGCUAGCGAGUCCGGCAAUACACGUGGUAUAGCGAGUUUACAACAUUUCGAUUCCCAUUCUGUAGUACGAAACGUCUAAGUCUUCGAAAUAUGUCUCAGUGCCAUUCUGCAGACUGCCUAUUUGGCUCAGGAGUCUGGCAAUGCAUCCACGUUUCAUCCAUUAUCACAAAACGUUGAAAGAAGUCCACUCAAUUACUCUUCAACAACUCGCCGCUGUUUUUGGUCGACGGUCAGCAAACGGGGCACCCAUCGCGCGGAUAGCUUUUUCAUGUCUCGCCUAACUCGCGUACCUACACUUUACGCUCGUUCAAAACGAGUUAAUGCAUUUGUUUUACGAUUUCUGGAUUCGUAGCCUCUUUUGGCCUUCCAGAGUGAGGUGCAUCUGCGGUGCUUGUACGGCCCGUUUUAAAUUCACUAAACCACCGAUAAACUGUUGUUCUCGAAGGAACAGAAGUGGAAUAACAUUUCGUCAAUCAAUUGUUUAGGAGUUCAGGAGUCAACAACUGCAUUGAUUGGUCAGGAGUCGGUUUCCUCGGCCUCUCCAUGACCUAUUAUUGUUUUGGCUAGGCCCUCUCUGGUUAUGUCUUCGGCUAUGCUGGACGCUAAACCAUAGAGUUGUUUCAUUCAUCGACGAUCCCGGGCCACAUUCAAGUGCAUCCGAGAUUGUUCAAGGUAUUUGAAUUUCUUCUUUGAAGUAUUUAAGAGGAAUUGACGUUUCUGUAGACACUCUUCCCUAUACAUUUUCGAGUCCAAGGUCUUGUUUGUGACGAGAAUCUUGGUUUUCUGUCCACAGUUGCAAAUCCCUUGCCAAAUCAAGAACUUUCUGGCAAAUUUAACAGCGAAAACGAACUUUAUAGUGUUUCAGGCCUGGGAGCUGUCCAAAAUGCAUCUUCACGUACGCUUCGCCACCAUCAGCAUAUAUCCUUCAUACUUCGUCAAAACCUUAUUGUACAACUUUCGAGCGCGUCUUCUGGCCAUCAUAUUUUGCUUCAGCAUCCUGUUUGGUUGCUUGCAGGCACGGAAAUAACGACAACCUUCUCGCAUACGGAUUCUCUGGAUGGUACUUUAGUUGGAGCAGUGUUUUUGGCGAUGUCGUAGUCCGACAGUCACGAUUUGCCUUAAUUGUUCUCAAUACAUUCAACCUCAGUUUCCGAUCAUAAAUUCGCCUAAGAUGUGUCCUCUGAUCCAUCGGAACAACUCUUGUAGGACCAUUAUAACGUUUCAUCAGAUCAUACACGGUCGAUUUAGCGAUUUUAGUAGUGGUCAGGUGGUCGGAUGUUUAAUGUGGUUGUUCAAAAUCAAAUUUCUUCUCUCGGCUUCCAUCCUGCACAACAAAACGGAUCAAUGUGAAAUUUUCACUGUCAACAGAUACAGAUUUCCAGACAAUUUGCUGCCAAAAACUUUCAGAUAUGCUCACUAUGACUGCUGCUCUAAAAUGAAUAGUGAUUCCGGAUUGAAAUUAAAUGAAACUAACUAACCUAACUUGGAAAACAUACGAGGUAUCAAAAAUCCCAAUCAAAUUCGAUCAACGCUGAACUUUCACGUAUCCACUCUGUAUAAACACCCCUUACUGAAGAUCCUGUUCGAAUUGCAUUCCUAUUUGAAGAGAUUUCGAACGAAGAUUCAGUUUGAAUGGAAUCUAAGGUAAUGUUUGAUAAACAGUAGUAUGAACAUAAUACUGAGCCAAUCGAGUUCAAUCGAAAACAAGCAUACGAAAAGGUCAGAAGAAAUAUCCCUCAUUAGCUUUAAUAGUAGUAAUUUAGGAAGAGUUAUGACAAAUAAUAAAAAAUAAAAAUAAAAAGUAAACUUAUCCUACAUGUCACAUCAACGAACAACGAGUAAAGCAAAUAUGUUAGAGAGCUAUCAUAUUUCCGAUCACUCAGUCCAUUGGCUGGUUCAAAAUAUUAAUUACAAUAAUGCAACAAUAAAUGAACCGUAUAGUCGCUUACGAAGCAGUAUAAAUUUACGCUUUGUUGCUAAUCUAGGAUAUUCAAAUACAAUACGUUCGCUUUCUUCCAACAGUUAAUGCAUUUCAGAACAUAUUUAAGAUACACAACUAGCGCCGUAGUUUUGUUUAUUCACAAUCCAAAAGUCCUUACUUCAACAGUCUUACAAGAUGAACAUUUAUAGAGAGAGAGAGUGAUUAGUGCGUACCAUUAUUUUCACUGCGGCCCAAAACUCUGCGAGAACAGACCCGUUGACGCGAGGUCAUAAUUUUGCAUAAUGUACGGCGGUACCGGAACAUAUCCGUGAGGUGGCCCAGUGAGGCUAUGAAGGGAUAGUCUGCCGGUGGGAGAGCUGCUGUCAUCUGGCGAGGGAGGCGCCGAAUUAGCGGCGGAACCAGACGAAACUGCAGCGGGAGGUGCUGAUGGAGGUGACUGUUGUUGGUGUGGGACUUCGGUGUUGGCGAUCUGUGAUGCUUGCGUCAAUCGAGACGCUGCUGGGGUUGCUUUUUUCCGAGAUUUGACUGGUUUGACUGCCUUGGGAACGCCAUCGGCGUUAGCAGAGGAGUUCUGGCGCACCGCUUUUGGCCCAUUGAUCCCAAGCCGGUUCGGAUUAUUGACACUGAUACUAGCGAACCGUUCCGGUUGGCUGCUGCCGUCAUCGAAAUGACCGGUGAUGCGUUGAUGAGCCUUGAGAGCUGUUCCUUGGAUGAAGCGUUCGUUGCAAAUGCCACACAUGUACGGUUUCUCACCCGUGUGACGCCGGAUGUGCAGCGUGAGAUCAUUCGAUUGGGUAAAUGCACGAUCACAGUAGGUGCACGAAUAUGGCCUGCAGGGAUCGAACAUAUAUUCAUUGGUCAGAGCGACAUUCAAAGGAAAAUCAAUGGUAAAAUACCUCGUUCCAGUGUGAAUUCUCAUGUGGCGCACGAGCUUAUUAGACCGCGAGAACCCUACAAUUAGAGAUAAUUGUUUCAAGAAAAAUCUCCCAAAGUCUCUAUCCUUGCUGCAAUUACCUUUCCCACAAAUGGUACACAGACAGGGCUUCUCUCCGGUGUGUGUUCGCCGAUGGCACUGCAGGUCGGAUGACCGUGGAAAUCCCUAGAAUGAAAAACAUCAAGUUUGCUCAAUCACUCCCAUCCUCUUUUGAUAAUGGAGCCAUUAAGCGCCAAAUCAACCGGCCGCUGCCCCGACCAUCUUCGAUUUUUUUGAAACUUAAUACUUAUGAAGCAAACUACCUAAAAUAAUAAUUUUUAUAAUUAUGAAUUAUAAAUGAUUUUUUAUAAGGGCGUAUUCUAAAUCUU